GCUCCCAGACCUGGAAGGGAUUAGGCGUGGCUUGAGGCGGCCUAGCCACCGCCUCCCCGGGUCUGAACCGCGGUGGCGGCGGCGACGGAGGAUCUCUGCGCUCCCUGGCCGCGCUUGCUGCCCAGCCGAAGUCGCAGCUGCGAUCAGCUCCAGGCCGGGGCCAUGGGCGCCCUGCGCCACCCGGGUCAUGAGGACGGAGGCAGAGGCAGCGGGGCAGCCGCUCGAGCCCGGGGACUUUGUGCAGCUGCCUGUGCCGGUCAUCCAGCAGCUCUAUCACUGGGACUGUGGCCUGGCCUGCUCCAGGAUGGUGCUUCGGUACCUGGGCCAGCUGGACGAUGGGGAGUUUGAGAAUGCCCUGCAGGAACUGCAGCUGAGCAGAAGCAUCUGGACCAUCGACCUGGCCUACCUGAUGCGCCACUUUGGCGUGAGACACCGCUUCUGCACCCAGACGCUGGGUGUGGACAAGGGUUAUAAGAACCAGUCCUUCUAUAGGAAGCACUUUGACACAGAGGAGACCCGAGUGAACCAGCUGUUUGCACAAGCCAAGGCCUGCAAGGUGCAAGUGGAGAAAUGCACCGUGAGUGUGCAGGACAUCCAAGCACACCUGGCGCAGGGCCACGUGGCCAUUGUGUUGGUGAACUCCGGGGUGCUCCACUGCGACCUGUGCUCCAGCCCUGUCAAGUACUGCUGCUUCACUCCCAGUGGCCACCGCUGCUUCUGCCGCACCCCCGACUACCAGGGCCACUUCAUCGUCCUGCGUGGCUAUAACAGGGCUACCGGCUGCAUCUUCUAUAACAACCCAGCCUAUGCUGACCCAGGAAUGUGCAGCACCAGUAUCAGUAACUUUGAGGAGGCCAGAACUAGCUAUGGCACGGAUGAGGACAUCCUUUUUGUCUACCUGGACAGCUGACACCAGGAGCCUGGCAUGCCAGGUCCUCAGACCCUAUGUUCUAUCUCAGACAGGCCCACUCAGGAUGCCCAGGCCCAGGGCUGCUGGGCCUGGGGUUCAGAAUCGUAGCCUGUGACUGCUUUGUCCACCAGUGUCAUGCCAUUUGCCCUAAACACCUUUAGUUGCUGGAGACACUUCAAGAGCAUCUAAGGGAAGUAUUUCUCAAGACCCCAAGUCUGCCUCCAGCUGUGCCCGAGGCAGGAACCCUGGAAGAGAAGCGUGUUUGGGACGAGCACAUGGAAAUCCAGGCCUGUGGCUCUGAGCCACGCUAAGCCCCAUAGUCGGUGGCAUCACUGCUCUUUCCUGCCUCCAGUGGACUCAGGUCUCUGGAACUGGUUACUAGGCCUUGUUACCAUGCAGCAUAAGCAUACCUCACAGCCACGCUGAGGCUCUCAGACCCCUGGGAUGCUGAUGCCUUCUUAGCCUCUAGGUACUGUCUGUAGAAAUGGAAAGCCUUUAGGGGUGACCAGGGCCGAAUGGAUGAGAGCAGAAGAGAAUGUCUUAGGAACAAAGGGUUGACAAGAGACUCCCCAGAGAGCCCCUGCGUCCACAAGGCCUCCUGAUAACAGCUUGACUUCCCACAGCAAGAUCUGCCCUCUAACUCCGAGAGCCUUCUGAGGAUGGGUGCUAGAGGGCCCGUGCCCCUAAAACAGCAGGCAGCUUCCCACCCGCCCUGGUGUGCACACCGGGAGCAUUUGCACAGAAUACUGGGUCUCUUCUGUCUUGAAGAAAGGCAGUGUCCGAGUCACACAGCACAGCAGGUAGCAUCUACUAGAGCUGGUUAAUACGUGUUGUUUUGCUCUUGGGAGUGAGACUUCAGUUUCCAUCGUGUGGGGAGUCAGACAAGAAUAGAUACAGGUACUUUGAAACCACUAACCCUUCUUUACAUAGGGCACAUAGACCAGUCUAAGUUCUUUCUUAACAAGAUGGCUGGUCUGGCCUGGCCAGCAGUCUGCAUGCUGAAGCUGCACCAAAGACAAGCGAGUGGGUCAUUUCUAAAGAGGCCAGGGAGCCUACUCCUCAUGGGCUCUUCUCUGGUGAAGAAUAAGGGUACCCAGCGGCCUCUCGCCAUCUCUGUCCUCCAGAGGCCUUGGACUUUCAGUCCUCAAGGCAUGACGUGGCAGUAGCUGCUUCCCCUACCACUAGCUGCCCUCUCAUGGUAGUCUGGGGGAUAGAGGUGGUUUGUGUUUACAAGGGCAGUCGAGACCAGUCACCCAUAUUACUCAUCAAUAUUAGAUGAAGCCUUAGGCUGAAGGGAGGUGCUGUUGGCUGGGUAGCUACUCUGGGUUUCUGAGAGUAGUGUUGGUUUCAGUCUGGUCUGAUUUCCAUUGCCUUAAUGCUGGGUGGCCAGGGCCCCUCUGGAUCUAAGCUCAGGAGUACCGCAGUACAGCUCUGGGUCUGGGUGUCCUCCUCCAAGGCCCUGGUAUAACUAGGAGACUAAGGGAUGGGAUGAGAUGUGGCACACACCCACACGAGGGUUUAUGGGAAGUGGCCUCCACAGAUAGUGGUCGCCUUCAUCUUCUAGGACAUUUAAAGAAUGCUCAGUCCCCGGACCCAGAUAAUGGCUUCUCAGGGCAAGUCGUAAGUUAUUGGGCCCACUUGUCUGUAAGAAUAACAAGAAAGCUGCUGUCUUCGAGAUCCACCUGCCUGAGGCACACUGUGUUCUACUGCGCGAGCCAUGAAUUGGGCUAGAGGAAGCCUGGUCAUGAGAUACUUAACCACAGCAUGUGACACUCAGGCUUCUCUGCUUCUGCACAGCCCAGUGUCGGCUCUGAGGCCACAUGGAAACUCUAGAUGGUCUGAUCACUCCGGCCACAGGAGGAUGAAAGGGAUCUUUUGCAUAGCAGAGGAUUUUAUACAUAAAUAUAUUUUGUUUGUAAUGAGCCAUUCUCAAUAAAUAUUCUCACCGUACAGAA